AUGGAUGAGAAGAAAACACUGAAAGUCAAAGGGAAGCUGUCCUCCUGUCUGUCACAAGGACAGUUUCAUCUGAGUGGUAUCCACAAGGCUGGAGAUGUAAUUCUGGGGGGAUUAUUUGAAAUAAAUUUUUUUUCAGUCUUUCCUGACCUCUCUUUUACAUCUGAGCCUCAGCAUCCUACCUGCUAUGGUUUUGAUGUUCUAGGAUUUAGACAGGCCCAAACCAUGGCCUUUGCAAUUGAUGAGAUCAACAGGAACUCCCAGCUGUUACCAAACCUGACUUUGGGGUACAUGCUGUACGAUAACUGUGUCAAACUCGGAAUUGGAUUUCGUGCGGCGCUGGCAUUAAUAAGUGGUCAAGAGAAGCAAAUUAUAAUGGAUGAGAGUUGUGAAGGAAGACCUCCAGUGCUGGGGAUUGUGGGGGAUUCUUCCUCUACACGCUCUAUUGCCAUCUCUACUGUCUUAGGUUUGUACAGAGUACCUAUGGUUAGUUAUUUUGCCACAUGUUCCUGUCUAAGUGACCGUCAGAAGUUUCCAUCCUUCUUUAGAACAAUACCAAGUGAUGCUUUCCAGGUGAAUGCUAUGAUUCAGAUCCUAAAACACUUUGGCUGGACUUGGGUAGGAUUGCUGAUCAGUGAUGAUGAUUAUGGGCUCAAUGCUGCCAGAGCAUUUCAGUCUGAUCUAAGUCUGUCUGGUGACGGCUGCCUGGCCUAUUUAGAGGUGUUGCCAUGGGGCAACGAGCUGCCAGAGCUGAGGAGGAUAGUGGAUGUGAUGAAGAAAUCCACAUCUCGUGUGGUCAUUGUGUUUGCACAUGAAAGCCACUUGAUCAGUCUCAUGGAGGAGGUGGUGAGACAGAACUUGACAGGCCUUCAGUGGUUGGCGAGUGAAGCCUGGUCCACAGCGGCUGUGCUUCAGACCUCUCAACUCAUGCCGUACCUUAGCGGCACGUUGGGCAUCGCAAUCCGUCGAGGGCAGAUAUCGGGCAUCAGGGACUUCCUGUUAGAAAUAAAUCCUAAUACACAACACAACAAAAGCUACGGAAAUAGCAUGGUAAACCAGUUUUGGGAGUUCACAUUUCAUUGUAGGUUUGAAUCACCUUCAGCAGGUUGGGUUGAGAAUGGGGGGAAACUUUGCACUGGAGAAGAAGAUUUAAAGACUGUAGAGACUGAGUUCUUAGACAUUUCUAAUCUCAGGCCUGAAUACAAUGUUUACAAAGCUGUGUAUGCACUGGCGUAUGCCCUUCAUGAUUUGCUGCAGUGUAAACCAGGAAGUGGGCCUUUUGAAGACUACAGCUGUGCCAAUUUAGAAACACUUAAACCAUGGCAGCUUGUUCAUUAUCUGGAAAGGAUUAAUUUCACCACAUCAUUUGGUGAUCAAGUGUCAUUUGAUGAGAAUGGUGAUGCUUUACCAAUAUAUGAUGUUAUGAACUGGCUUUGGCUCCCUGAUGGACGAAGUGAAGUUCAAAAUGUGGGAGAAGUUAAAAUGUCGGCAUACAGUGGUGAACAACUCGUACUUGAUGGAGACAAAAUCUUCUGGAACUUUGAAUCCAAAAAGCCACCCCGUUCAGUGUGCAGCACGGUCUGUCCUCCAGGUACCCGCAUGGUGAGAAAGAAGGGGGAACCUAAGUGCUGUUUUGACUGCACCCUCUGCUCUGAGGGAAAGGUCAAUAAUAAGACCAAUUCCUUGGAGUGCUUCAGCUGUCCAGAAGAUUACUGGUCCAGCCCACAGAGAGAUCACUGUGUUCCUAAGAAAACCGAGUUCCUCUCCUAUCAGGAACCUUUAGGGAUCUGUUUGACAGCAGCCUCAUUGCUGGGGACAUUUAUCUGCACCGUUGUUCUAGGAAUCUUCAUCUAUCACCGUAGUACACCUAUAGUACGAGCCAACAACUCAGAACUAAGUUUCCAACUAUUGGUUUCACUUAAACUGUGCUUCCUAUGUUCUCUGCUGUUUAUUGGACAACCCAGACUAUGGACAUGUCAGCUGAGACAUGCAGCAUUUGGAAUCAGCUUUGUGCUUUGUGUUUCAUGCAUCCUGGUUAAAACUAUGGUGGUUCUGGCGGUUUUCAAAUCCUCCAAACCAGGAGGUGAAGCCAGUCUCAAAUGGUUUGGUGUUUCACAGCAGAGGGGAACAGUUCUAGUUCUCACAUCUGUCCAGGCAGCAAUCUGCACUGCUUGGCUCAUCUCUUUUUCCCCUUCUCCACAUAAAAACACCAAAUACCACAAUGAUAAGAUAGUUUAUGAGUGUGUAGUUGGCUCUGCUGUCGGUUUUUCAGUGUUACUUGGUUAUAUCGGCUUACUAGCCAUUCUCAGUUUUCUGAUCGCAUUUUUGGCAAGGAAUCUUCCUGACAACUUCAAUGAAGCCAAAUUCAUCACUUUCAGCAUGUUAAUUUUCUGUGCAGUGUGGGUGGCCUUCAUACCUGCUUAUAUCAGCUCACCAGGAAAACAUGCAGAUGCAGUGGAGGUGUUUGCAAUCCUGGCCUCCAGCUUUGGCCUUUUGGUGGCGCUGUUUGGACCCAAAUGUUAUAUAAUUCUGUUGAGACCAGAAAGAAAUACAAAGAAAGCUAUCAUGGGGCGACGCACCAUAGGUACUACUUAA